UCCCAGGGUUCUAAGAUAACAGGUGUGAGCCACCGCGCCCGGCCAAUAACAAUUCUUAAAAAUGAAAGGAAGUCAGCCCCUGGGAGGUGUGAUGAGUUGCGUGCACCCAAUAUUCAUGUUCAUCAGUAUGGGAAGUUCUCUCUGACCAGGAGGUUCCAGCUGGUCCUCCUGUUUCCCUCUCUGCCUCCUGCUUUUCCACCCCAGCCAGGACACUUAUUCUCUCCCUCCAUGCCCUCUUGUCCCCUGGCACUUGACUUCCAAGCUUCCCUUGGCAUCUGUGCUCUGAGCUGAGUGCCAAGGUGAAGAAGGGGCUUGCUUGUAAGCCCAUGUGGAAGAGGUCACAAUGUGGCCUCUGUGAUGAGGUCUCUGAUAUAGUAAUAGCUUGGCUGGCCCACAAGACCCCUUUGGGGAUCAGUUUCCUCAGGGAGACCACAGGACACAAGAAGUGUCAUCUCUCCCUUUUACCCUCUAGCCCAGGCCUUGUCAUUUCCCUUCAGUGGACAGCAGGUGGCAAAGUACACAGAGUGCCACGUGUCAGAGCCAAUCUACUAUCUGCCCGGGACACCAGUGUCAGGACCAGAGAUGAAGAUUCGAUGCUGGAAUUUGGGUCUGGUGAUGGCUACCUGUCUGCUUUCAUUGUGGCUCAUGGCCUCCUUCCUAGACCAGUUCUCCAGCCAGAACAAUCUCUAUGACGUGGCGAGAACACAGUUGAGGACCUGCCACUGUCCCAGCAACUCUUCCAGAAAAUGUGGCUGCUACCAUGAGGUCCACAGUUGCUCCGUCUGCCUCCACAUACCUGGCGAGUCCGACUGGUUUGACAGACGCUUUGCAAGCGCCAUUGAGCCCCUGCAGAGGUCAGAAGGGCCAAUGUCCUAUGAUGCUCUGGUAUGGUGGAUGGGACUUCAGAGUGUCAACUUAGUGAGGGAGACUGAGAAUAAGCAGCAGCAGCUGAUUAAACCACCUUCCAGACGCCCACUGGGCCCCAUGCAGUCCAACUGCCAGACCUGUGCAGUGGUAGGAAACUCAAGGUCCCUACGGGGCUCUGGCCUUGGCUCCAGGAUUAACCAACAUGACAUGGUUCUCAGGAUAAACCAGGCCCCUGUCCAAGGGUUUGAGGCAGAUGUGGGGAACAUGACCACCAUGCGCAUUAUGUACCCAGACAUUGCCAGCACUCAAGACCCUGGUGCCCAACUGCUGCUGCUUCCAUUGAAUUCAUCUGCUCUGGAGUGGUUCAUAAGUGUACUGCAAAAACAAAAUUACUACUUCAAGGCAAAAAACCCUGGAUAUCGGAUGGUCCAGUACCCUGAUGGAAAUGAAGACAAGAUCCUGGUCAUCAGCCUCUCCUUCCUCAAGUACAUCCAGGAAAGUUGGCUGGAGUACCAGGGUCCAUAUCCAUCCUUGGGGUUCGUGGCUCUGUUGUAUGCCUUGCAUACCUGUGAUCAGCCAUAACACCCCAGAAGCAAUGAUCAACUUUGGCAUCCAGAUUUUGCUUUCUAAAUAUUUUUUUUCCACUAAAAGAUUCCAGGUCUAGACAAGAAAAGUAUAUCAAAACGUGGACAUCAAAUUUGGGACAAUUUAAGCUCAAAAAUAGCAAUCGUCAUGACUGAAUCAUAGUAAAUAUAUAUUUAAAAAACGUUGAGCCCAUAAUGAUACUCAAAGAGAAAGAAAAUAUUGGAAGUGACUAUUACAUCAACCCCUUACUCUGAAAACUGGUAAUUAAAGGUGUGUAUGUGGAGGGGGAGCAUUUAUCCUCUGUUUUUAGUAGAAACAAUAGUUCCAGGUAACCCAACAGCCUCAGUAAAUGACAGUUUUCAGUUGCUGGGUAUCUAGAACAAAUGUCUGCUACAUUCUACCCUUUUGGCUGCCCAACAACCAUACACAACCUAACAAAAUGCAAAUUGUCCCUCAUAAAACUGGAAACACAUUUACCCACCUCCCUAAGGACAUCGUGGUGUACUGGGUGUCUAGAAAUGAGGUAGCUGAGAGCCAGAAUCCAAGAAUCCCCAAAGCUGUGGGCAGUGCAGCAUGUUGUUCCAGAUACUGAACCUAUUAUGGCACCAUAUAAACACAUUAUUAUUUAGAGGAAUAAAGUUAAAGCAAAUCUACCAAAGAAAAAAGUUUAGAUAGAUAGGAAAUUUAUUUUUAACCCUAUUACAAAGUUUUCCUAAAGUCUAUCCUCAAGAGGAAAAGCUCUUCCUCUUCUCUUUCUGUCUCUUGCUUGACAACCCUGCUCUGGGAAUAAAUGGUCUGUCUCUCAG